GACUUUGCCCUAAAAGAAAUCAUGUCAUCAGGAGGAGCUGAAGAUGAUAUUCCUCAAGCAGAGAGGAAAACAGUUACAGACUUUUGUUACUUAUUGGAUAAAUCUAAACAGCUCUUCAAUGGCUUAAGGGAUUUACCUCAGUAUGGGCAAAAGCAGUGGCAAUCCUAUUUUGGGCGAACAUUUGAUGUUUACACCAAGCUAUGGAAAUUUCAACAGCAACAUCGACAAGUAUUGGACAAUCGGUAUGGGUUGAAGCGGUGGCAAAUUGGGGAAAUUGCCUCCAAGAUUGGGCAGCUCUAUUACCAUUAUUACUUGCGUACUUCUGAAACCAGCUAUCUGAACGAAGCUUUCUCCUUCUAUUCAGCAAUUAGGCAGAGGUCCUACUACUCACAAGUCAACAAGGAAGAUAGGCCUGAAUUGGUGGUUAAGAAGCUGCGUUAUUAUGCAAGGUUUAUAGUAGUUUGUCUCUUGCUCAACAAAAUGGAUGUUGUAAAGGACCUUGUAAAGGAGUUGUCAGAUGAAAUUGAAGAUUACACUCAUCGUUUUAAUACUGAGGAUCAGGUGGAAUGGAACCUGGUUCUUCAAGAAGUGGCAGCCUUUAUUGAGGCAGACCCCGUGAUGGUUUUAAAUGACGACAACACCAUUGUAAUCACCUCCAACAGGCUUUCUGAAACAGGAGCUCCAUUGCUAGAGCAGGGAAUGAUUGUGGGACAGCUUGCUCUUGCAGAUGCACUGAUUAUUGGGAACUGCAAUAACCAGGUCAAGUUCAGCGAAUUAACAAUCGAUAUGUUCCGAAUGCUGCAAGCCCUUGAAAGGGAACCAAUGAAUUUAGCUUCACAAAUGAACAAACCUGGGAUGCAGGAGUCAACAGAGAAACCAGCCAGGCGGGAAAACCCUCAUAAAUACCUUCUUUAUAAACCAACUUUUAGCCAGCUAUAUACCUUUUUAGCAGCAUCAUUUAAGGAGCUGCCUGCGAACAGUGUCCUGCUGAUUUACUUGUCUGCCACGGGCGUGUUUCCCUCAGGUCGUUCGGAUAGUGAAGGUCCGUAUGACUUUGGCGGUGUUCUGACAAAUAGUAACCGGGACGUUAUAAAUGGGGAUGCAAUCCACAAGCGAAACCAAUCGUACAAGGAAAUGCACUGUCUUCACCCUGGUGAUCUCUAUCCUUUCACAAGAAAGCCUCUGUUUAUCAUUGUGGAUUCUUCAAACAGUGUUGCCUAUAAGAACUUCACAAACUUGUUUGGACAGCCACUGGUGUGCUUGCUUUCUCCAACAGCAUAUCCAAAAGCAUUACAAGACCAGUCGCAGCGGGGUAGCCUCUUCACGCUCUUUCUGAACAACCCUUUAAUGGCAUUCCUGUUUGUGUCUGGAUUAUCGAGCAUGCGCAGGGGCUUGUGGGACAAGUGCCAAGAUUACCUUAGAAAAAUCAACCGAGACAUCGCGCAGCUGCUGACCCACUCGCGUUCCAUAGAUCAGUCCUUUCUUCAGUUUUUUGGAGAUGAAUUUCUUCGCUUGCUUCUGACAAGAUUUAUCUUCUGUUCGGCUACUAUGAGGAUGCACAAAAUUUUCCGGCAGGAGACUCGAAAUUAUCCAGAAUCUUAUCCUCAGCUGCCCAGAGAUGAAACUGUGGAGAACCCUCACCUCCAAAAGCACAUUCUGGAGCUGGCUGCCAUACUGGAUGUUCGAAAUGUUUUCCUGGAAAACACGAUCGACGAUUAUUAAAAGAAACUGUCUUACUGUAAAGGGAUUUCCCUGGUCACGGAUUUUGAAUGGUGCAGUUUUCUAAUGUGAAAAUCUUAAAAGGAAGUACUUGAUUUUAUUUUUAAAUUUAGGGCCAUUAUUUUAAAAUGUAGUAAUAAACAGCUAUUAAUUUAGCUGUGCCAUUCUGUAUGGGGUCAAUUUUAUAAGCAAAACUUUUCAUGUCUUUUAAAUGUUAAACUAAAGAAUCACUAGAGUUUUAUUUCUGGUCUUGUGGCUGCUGUCAACCACAUUUCCAAGAGCUGAUCCUAAGCAUAGAAGUACUAUUGGUUACCUUUAGCCCACCUUCGUGGAAAUCCUUUAUUUUUAUACAAUUUUAAAAAGUUGGAAAAAAAGAAGUCGAUAGAAAAAUAAUAUUUUUUUUCCCCCCAAAGCCUCUGGAUUUGAAAUGGUAAGGAUACAACCACACAGUGCAAACCAACAAUAGCAAUAAGACAGAGUCCUUCAUAACAAAUAUAUUUUUUCAGUCUUAGGCAAGCAAGUAGAGAAAACUGAGAUAGAUUAAGCUUCAUUUGCAGCAAUGAGUUUGACAUGGAGUCAUAAAGAUAGUAAUGCYCCCUAUAAAUUUGUCACCCAUAUACAAAAUUCGUACCGCUGGCCAGGGAUAACUUCCACUCUACCUGCUUGAGUGGAUGGCUAAUAGACUGAUGAAUUGGAAAGUCAAGAAAGUUGUUCCCCUUUCUCACCAUAACACUGGCCAUCCUGUCAUUUGUAUUGCGGUCACAAUUUUCCAGGAGGAGAGGGCAUUCUUCCUUUUGAGCUAAUGCAUAGAAAUUCUUAAAUCUCCAGUAAGUAUAAAUCUGUCCUUUUCUUGUGUUAAUGAAACAUGUGGUUCCAACGGUGUUAAAAGCCCCUGAUAAGAGUUGAAAGUGUAUCCCAUUAAGUGUUGAUUAUCAACCCUUCCUAGCACCUKUUUAUCCAACCAAUCUGUUCUGGAUUGGAUCCCUGUGCCCUAGAAGAGACACUGGUGCUCCUCUUGUUGCCACUAAGUUAAUGCUGUGAGUGCCCAUCAUUACAUCUCACUCCUUUUUGCAGGCCAGCAAAACUGAGGGACUGCAGUACUGUGUGACAGUGUUACAGGCGCUCUCAGGCCAAAAUGCACAGUCUAGGUAUGUUGAGGAGUCCCGUGCAUUUGUGAAGGCACUUCCUGGAGAAAACUGUGCUGAYUGUGGAGGGAGAAGUGCUUGUUGACUGAAGGCAGGCUCUUUUGGAGUGUGCCUCCUUCCUUGCAGAGCUAGAGGAACGCUUGCAACUCCAGACAGUGAGUGCUUUGAGGAGGGAAAGAAAAUUAAAAUAUUCUAAACAAAUGAACAAAUCUUUUCACUGUUCCUGUGCAGGAAAGGAAGUGAAAAGACAAGUCUGAUGAAUGCUAUAAAGCUGAAACCUAGCCAUGCCUCUAACUUUAGGUGAGGAAAAAAAUGCAAAAUGUGGAGACUACUAUAGCAGGCGUAUUUGCAAAGCUGUGACACAAUGGUACGAUCAGCUCAAAAGCUAGAAUAGCAAGGACUAGAAAUCAGCACUGAUGGACCCCUAUUCAGCAGGGUAUAGUAGAGAACAGCAGGACUUGCUAGAGUGUAAAUAGGAAGUUUGCUUGAAGGCUCUCUGUCUUGGGCGGUAGUGUAUACAGUCCAUUCUUUAAUUUCCCAACUGUAAAAAAUUCCACUGGUGUUUGUUUCUCUGAGCAGUCUUGAAGCUGAUAUCCUGGGCCCCUCACCACUUGGUGCUCUUCUUUGGACUAUGGCUGGACUUUGUUACCUGGGAUGUGGAGUUCAUUUUAAAGAGUGCGUGUUUG